GUGUGCUAGUGACCGGAGCGUCCGGCUUCGUGGCCACACACGUGAUCAAACAGCUGCAGGAGGCCGGAUAUCGGGUCCGGGGAACUGUGCGAAACCUCAAAGAUGAGCAGAAGAAGAAACACCUGUACAAGCUCUGCCCUAGUGCCCGACACCAGCUAGAACUAGCCGAGGCUGACCUGCUGAACCCGCAGUCGUGGAUCGAGGCAGCACAAGGCUGUACAUACAUCCAUCAUGUGGCCAGCCCACUGCCCGUGGAGAACCCCAAGCACGAAGAGGAGGUGAUCAGACCCGCCGUGGAAGGAGCUCUGAAUGUCCUGAGGGCGGCGGCUGCGGUCGGUACUGUGAAGAGAGUUGUCAUGACUAGUUCAGUGGUGGCUGUUGCCGGCGGCAAUAAAACACCCUAUACGGAGACAGACUGGGUCGACCCCAGCCAGCCUGGGAUCUUGGCCUACUCCAAGAGCAAAAUCCUGGCUGAGAGGGCUGCCUGGGAUUACGUGCAACACUUGCCAGAGAAUCAAAAGUUGGAGUUUGUGGUGGUCAACCCAGGAUUCAUCGUCGGACCCACACUCCAUGGCAGUCCCGGAAGCAGUAUCUGGAUCAUUGCUCAACUGCUGGAACGCAAAAUGCCUAUGUGCCCCAAACUGAGUUUCCCAACGGUGGACGUCCGUGACGUGGCUCUGGCACAUGUCCGCUGUAUGACCACACCAGAGGCUACCUUAUGGAUUGUAGAAAUUGCUGCCAUACUGGACAAGGAGUUCAAGAGUCAAGGUUACAAUGUCCCCACAAAGCAACUCCCUGACGGGGUGCUGACCUUCGUUUCGCUGUUCAAUAAAUUGCUGCGGACUGCAAGAUUGGUUUCUGGCAAACCUUUCCUUCUGGACAACUCAAGGAUGACCCAGAUACUUGGAAUCGAUCCCGUUGACGUCAACAAGUCGCUGAUCGACAUGGGCUACUCAAUGAUAGAAAAUGGCUUCGUACAGAAAAGUUCCAAAUACAGAGGUCCGCCUGCCAGCUGA